CAGGGUGCUGGCCCGGCCCAAUGGGUGCGGGCUCCCGAGGAGAGGGCGGAGGAGAAGAGGAAGCAAGCGGGCUGUGGGCCGAGUCCCCAUUCAUUGCAGUGGCCUGCUGGGUUGGGGUCCAGUGUUUCGGGGGUCAUGGAGGCGCUGAUCCCGGUCAUCAAUAAGCUGCAGGACGUCUUCAACACAGUGGGUGCCGACAUCAUCCAGCUGCCUCAGAUCGUCGUAGUGGGAACGCAGAGCAGUGGGAAGAGCUCAGUGCUGGAAAGCCUAGUGGGGAGGGACCUUCUUCCCAGAGGGACUGGUGUGGUCACCCGGAGACCUCUCAUUCUGCAGCUGGUCCACGUUUCACCAGAAGAUAAAAGAAAAACAACAGGAGAAGAAAAUGGUAAAUUUCAGAGCUGGAACCCUGCCACAUGGAAAAACUCAAGACACCUUUCCAAAGGAGUUGAAGCAGAAGAAUGGGGUAAAUUUCUUCACACCAAAAACAAGCUUUACACAGAUUUUGAUGAAAUUCGACAAGAAAUUGAAAAUGAAACCGAAAGAAUUUCAGGAAAUAAUAAGGGGGUAAGCCCUGAGCCAAUCCAUCUCAAGGUUUUCUCGCCCAACGUUGUCAACCUGACACUUGUGGAUUUACCAGGAAUGACCAAAGUACCUGUAGGUGAUCAGCCCAAGGACAUUGAGCUUCAGAUCAGAGAACUUAUUCUUCGGUUCAUCAGUAAUCCCAAUUCCAUUAUCCUUGCUGUCACUGCUGCAAAUACAGACAUGGCAACAUCGGAAGCACUCAAGAUUUCCAGAGAGGUAGAUCCAGAUGGGCGCAGAACUCUAGCUGUAAUCACUAAACUUGAUCUCAUGGAUGCGGGUACUGAUGCCAUGGAUGUAUUGAUGGGAAGGGUUAUUCCAGUCAAGCUUGGAAUAAUUGGAGUAGUUAACAGAAGCCAACUGGAUAUUAACAAUAAGAAGAGUGUAACUGAUUCAAUCCGUGAUGAAUAUGCUUUUCUUCAAAAGAAGUACCCAUCUCUGGCCAACAGAAAUGGAACAAAGUAUCUUGCUAGGACCCUGAAUAGGUUACUUAUGCAUCAUAUCAGAGAUUGUUUACCAGAGCUGAAAACAAGAAUAAAUGUCUUAGCUGCUCAGUAUCAGUCUCUUCUAAAUAGCUACGGUGAACCCGUGGAUGAUAAAAGUGCUACUUUACUCCAGCUUAUUACCAAAUUUGCCACCGAGUAUUGUAACACGAUUGAAGGAACCGCAAAGUACAUUGAAACUUCUGAGCUAUGCGGUGGUGCUAGGAUUUGUUACAUUUUCCAUGAAACUUUCGGGCGAACCUUAGAAUCUGUGGACCCACUAGGUGGCCUUAACACUAUUGACAUCCUGACUGCCAUCAGAAAUGCUACUGGCCCCCGUCCUGCUUUAUUUGUGCCUGAAGUUUCAUUUGAGUUACUGGUCAAACGUCAGAUUAAGCGUCUAGAAGAGCCCAGCCUACGGUGUGUGGAGCUGGUCCAUGAGGAGAUGCAGAGGAUCAUUCAGCAUUGUAGCAAUUACAGCACACAGGAAUUGUUACGGUUCCCUAAACUUCAUGAUGCCAUAGUUGAAGUAGUGACUUGUCUUCUUCGUAAAAGGUUGCCCGUGACAAAUGAAAUGGUACACAACUUAGUGGCAAUUGAGCUAGCGUAUAUCAACACAAAACACCCCGACUUUGCUGAUGCCUGUGGGCUAAUGAACAAUAAUAUAGAGGAACAAAGAAGAAACAGGUUAGCAAGAGAGCUGCCUUCAGCUGGAUCUCGGGACAAGUCUUCUAAAGUUCCAAGUGCUUUGGCACCUGCCUCCCAGGAGCCCCCCCCUGCUGCUUCUGCUGAGGCUGAUGGCAAGUUAAUUCAGGACAACAGAAGAGAAACUAAAAAUGUCCCAUCUACAGGUGGUGGGAUUGGAGAUGGUGGUCAGGAACCAACAACAGGCAACUGGAGAGGAAUGCUGAAAACUUCAAAAGCUGAAGAAUUACUUGCUGAAGAAAAAUCAAAACCAAUUCCAAUUAUGCCAGCAAGUCCACAAAAAGGCCAUGCUGUCAAUUUGCUAGAUGUGCCAGUUCCAGUUGCAAGAAAACUGUCUGCCCGAGAACAGCGAGAUUGUGAGGUUAUUGAAAGACUUAUCAAAUCAUAUUUUCUAAUUGUCAGAAAGAAUAUUCAAGACAGUGUCCCAAAGGCAGUGAUGCAUUUUUUGGUCAAUCAUGUGAAAGAUACUCUUCAGAGUGAACUGGUAGGGCAGCUGUAUAAGUCAUCCUUAUUAGAUGAUCUUCUGACUGAAUCCGAGGACAUGGCUCAGCGAAGAAAAGAAGCAGCGGAUAUGCUGAAGGCAUUACAAGGAGCCAGUCAAAUUAUUGCUGAAAUCCGAGAGACUCAUCUUUGGUGAACAGAACUGUUUGACAGCUACACUUUGCUGACUUGAACCUGCUGCUGCCUGCCUGAGUAGAAGUUUAUGAACUUUUGUGUAUUGCAGUGUAUGAAUUUGCUCGUGUGAAGACUGGCUAUAAGCUGAAAAGUAUAUUAUUCGUUACAAAACAAAUCACUUGUUUAAUUCACAUUUUUCAAGUUUCCUAUGACGUAUAUCAAGUCUGUCCGUUUCAGUCUAACUUACAAGAGCAAUUGAUAUUCUAGUUGUACAAAGCAGUUUGCCUGUGCAUAUGACCCAUGUAACUUUCUUAGUCUCAAAGCUGCGGCGGUAGUCCUCAGAAAGGAAGCUCCAGGACAUUUCAUGACUAUAAUGCAUGCACUAUUUAUAUAGACUGACCUGGCUUUAAAAGAUGGAGCCUGGCAAGUUCCUCACAUAAUCAAUGUAUCCACCUAUCCUUCAUUUUUAUAGUCUUAAAAAACAAACAAAACUCUUUUGCAGUUUCAAGAAAUAUAUAAGAUCUUAAAGACUCAUCAAGAUGUAGGAACAGACUGUGUAAUUAAUGGCUCCUGAGUCUACACUGCCCUGGUGCAUUAGAAAUUAAAAUACACUUUGAUUCUAAAAAGCCUGAAAAUUUAAUGACUUCCUGCAUUAAAAACAACUAUUGGGAACUGUUAGUAACAAUGGCUAAUCCUAUUAGUCUCUAAAUGAUCCAACGAUAACCUAAUUUCUCUUAUUUACAAAUACAGCAAGUGCAAUCCAGAUACACCCUUAAAAUGGGGCACUUAAAUUGGGCUCCAAGACUCACAAUUAAAUGGAACCUAAAAUUCCACUCUGUAUCCACUGGUAAUAGCUACUUUAGUUCCACACCAACAGAAUACAUUAGACUAAUGGUAUGAAACACUAGUGAACCUUUAUUAAAGAAAAACACCUGGACAUACACAUAUACCUAAAAGCUUAUGAACUGUAUUCAGGGGUUUAGGGUAAUGUUUACAACCUAUUUUGUGAAAACUGCCUGUACAAAUCAUCUUGUAAACUAAGCAUUGAAAAAUUUUUCUCACCUAGCUGGGCAGUGGUGAUGCGCGCCUUUAAUCCCAGCACUUGGGAGGCAGAGGCAGGUGGAAGAUCUCUUGAGUU